AUGCCAGAUUUACCAUUUUUCUGGGCCUCUCAGAUCGAUACUGAACUUGGAUACUGGGAUACCCCGUGGGCAAUAUACUACUAUCGGUACGAGCUAGAGUCGUUGCCGGCUAUGAUUGAUAACAUCCACGAGGAGAUUAUUCUUGCUGAUCUAUGGACGAAGCUUCGAAAUGGAGGACAUACUUGGCCGCCAUAUGCACUAAAUGCGCGCGGAGGGACAUCGGAACCUGAACCGCACAUGUUCAUUGACUUCAAGGUCUUUAACGAGCAAACAGAGAGACUACCCCCGAUACUACUGCUAGAAUCUGUCCGAGAUCACUACGGAGGGAGGAACAAGGCCGCUGCACAAAUUCUCAACCAAGACCGCACCACCGAACUCGCAUCGCUAGACCACUGGUUUUCUCAGGCCGCAAAGACGGACAGUAUUUCAAAUGGAGUCUUAAAUAUAAUUCAGUACGCGCCAGCUAUCAUCCACGACGUAUACAUAAGAUUUCGUUAUGAGAUCUUGCAGUUGCGGCAUCUGGACAAAGAGAGAGAAAAGGGAGAUGUGCGGAUUCGUAAGCUAGCGGAGGAGAUCUCGGACAGCUUAUAUCAGGUGAGGCAUUCGGAGGUGGAACACUAUUUCAUUUGGGUGGUGCUUCUCAGGGCUGUGAAAGUCAUGCAGUGUGUUAAGGAUGGCGCUGACACUUGGGCUGCGCAGAAGAUUUUCAGUGAUGAUUUGUUGGUUUACUUCACAUGA